AUGACUUGCUCUUACCUUUGUAAUAAGAGUGAGCUAAAGCUCCAUGCUAAGAUAAGUAACAUCCCAGCUGACUACAUUCCUCAAGCUGACUACAUUCCUCCAGCUGACUACAUUCCUCAAGCUGACUACAUUCCUCAAGUUGACUACAUUCCUCAAGCUGACUACAUUCCUCAAGUUGACUACAUUCCUCAAGCUGACUACAUUCCAAAAGCUGACUACAUUCCUCAAGCUGACUACAUUCCACAAGCUGACUACAUUCCUCCAGAUGAUUACAUUCCUCAAGCUGACUACAUUCCUCAAGCUGACUACAUUCCUCAAGCUGACUACAUUCCUCAAGCUGACUACAUUCCUCAAGCUGACUACAUUCCUCAAGCUAACUACAUUCCUCAAGCUGACUACAUUCCUCAAGCUGACUACAUUCCUCAAGCUGACUACAUUCCUCAAGCUGACUUCAUUCCUCAAGCUGACUACAUUCCACAAGCUGACUACAUUCCUCAAGCUGACUACAUUCCUCAAGCUGACUACAUUCCUCAAGCUGACUACAUUCCACAAGCUGACUACAUUCCUCAAGCUGACUACAUUCCUCAAGCUCACUACAUACCUCAAGCAUUUUUGUAA